CUCUCUCUCUCUCUCCGCGCCAUUGAAAGCCACAAGUUAAGAUCCAAAUUAUAUUGCUUAUUCCAUGCAAUUAAUGGAUAAGUUCGAAAAUCCAUCCCAAUAAUCAGGAUUUGUUUCCCCACAAUCUCUCCACAGAUCUUCCUUUUCGAUAAGGUGAAAAAUAUGUCUCUAGCUAAUCUCAUCCUAAUCUUGAUCUAAAUGAUCACAAGAUGCUUGGAGAGAGAGUUCUCCAAUAUCUGGAUUAAGUUGGCUCAGUUUUCUCUCAAUUUGCACGAGCUCUAUCUAGUUUAAUUAUAUCAUCUUCAUGAUGGAGAAUUUGAAGGAGGUUGAGAGCAAAAGAGUUCAUGAUCACAAGAUGCUGGACGACUUAGUGAAGCAGGUUUGCCGCUUCGGGGAGCCUGGACCCAUCAUAGUCGGCGCCGGACCCUCGGGCUUGGCUGCAGCCGCUUGUCUCAAGGCAAAUGGCGUCCCAAGUUUGAUCCUUGAAAGGGCCAAUUGCAUAGCCUCCUUGUGGCAGCUCAAGACCUACAACCGGCUUCGGCUGCACCUUCCCAAGGAAUUCUGCGAGCUGCCUCUCAUGGCCUUCCCCUCGGAUUUUCCAACUUACCCCACCAAACAGCAGUUUGUGUCCUAUUUGGAGGCCUACGCCACGCAUUUUGACUUGAGGCCAGUGUUCAACAGGACAGUGGUGAGCGCAGAAUUCGACAAGCGAUUCGGCCUCUGGCGGGUGAAGGCUGCCGGCGGGGAGAAAAUGGAGGAAACUGAGUACGUGUCGCGGUGGCUGAUUGUGGCAACAGGAGAGAAUGCCGAUGAAUUUGUGCCUAAUUUGGAAGGCAUGAACGAGUUUUCUGGCCCCAUUCUUCAUACAAGCUCUUACAAGAACGGCGAAUCGUUUCGUGGGAAGAAAGUUUUAGUGGUUGGUUGUGGCAACUCGGGCAUGGAGGUUUGCCUGGAUCUCUGCAAUCACAAUGCUAUGCCUUCCCUUGUGGUCAAAGACACACUGCACGUCUUGCCACAAGAGAUGCUGGGGAGAUCUACUUUUGGGCUUUCCACGUGGCUGCUCAAGUGGUUUCCGAUGCGGCUGGUGGAUCAAUUUUUACUUCUCAUGUCACGUCUCAUUCUCGGCGAUACGGCCCUGCUCGGCCUCGCCCGGCCGGAGCUCGGCCCCCUUGAGUACAAGAUGUCAACGGGGAAGACACCGGUGUUAGAUAUCGGAACACUUGAGAAGAUAAGAAAUGGGAGUAUUAAGGUUAUAUCUAAAAAUAUAACUCAUUUUUCAGUUUGCAAGGGAAUAAAGAGAGUCAGACGUGACUUGGUGGAGUUUGCAGAUGGAAGGACAGAGAGUUUUGAUGCCAUCAUUUUGGCUACAGGUUACAAAAGCAAUGUACCAACUUGGUUGAAGGAGAAGAGUUUUUUCUCAGAGAAAGACGGGUUUCCCAGGAAAGCAUUCGGCAAUGAAUGGAAAGGAGAGAAUGGUCUGUAUGCAGUGGGCUUCACCAGGCGUGGCUUAAUGGGGACAUCAAUGGACGCAAGAAGAAUUGCAGGAGACGUUGAAUCCCAAUGGAAGACAAGGCAAAACAAUUUUAUAAGCGCCAUCAUGGCUUUUGAGAAGACCCAAUAUUGCUGAUUGCUGAUUUGAUGAUGAGAUAUCAACUUCUUUUUAAAUUUCUUUUAUGUUUUGAUUAG